AGCCGAGCCAGCUGUAGCAGGACUCUCAGUCCAGAGCUUGCAUUCCUCCCUAUGAUUCCUCCCUUCAUCAAAGGCUGAAAGAAAGGGGGAAACCGUAAAUAAUAACAGGCAGAAAGGACUGCACGAGUGCCUAUUCGCGUUAUAGCAGGCCUUCGCGGAGAAGUAAAAGCGUUGGAAUACCAUCAUCUGAUAGCCUAUGUUUGGCUAAGGUCGGCGGAUCCGACGGAGACGUCCCUGAUUUUGCUUUUGAUUUCGCGUAAACAGAUAAGGAAGGAAAGGGAUCUAAACGAAUGCUUAACGUCCUUUUUUCUUUUAAAAGGAACACAAGAUGGCUGAUGACAGAAACCGAUAGCGAGGACCAAACGGAGCCGUCCCCUUUAAGACUAAAAAAAGGUGAAAUGGAGAAGUCAAUAAGUCAGUGAAGUCACCAUGGCACUCUGCUCCAAACUGACUACAUGAUAUGUAUUUCGACGUGUGAAUGGAAGACUGACAUUCAUUCUACAAUUCCCUCGGAAUUCCUUGGUCUUUUAUUGGACUUGAUGACUAUAUUUGGAGUCAAUAAGGAGAAUGGAGAGCACAAUGCCACAAUAAAUGAAUUGUGGAGACUUUUCGAGUAAUUGUUUUGGAAAUUACACGCCAAGAACGAUAUCAAAAUGAUGGAUAUGGCAGUGGAGCAGUGGAAGAACUCUUUCGAGGAGGAGCUCAUCUGUCCGAUAUGCUUGCACGUGUUCUCCGAGCCCAUCCAGCUGCCGUGCAAACACAACUUCUGUCGCGCGUGCAUCAACGAAGCCUGGUCCAAAGACACUAGUGGCGUGCGCUGCCCGGAGUGCAACCACGCCUACAGCCAGAAGCCCAGCUUGGAGAAGAACCACAAGCUCUCCAACAUCGUGGAGAAGUUCAAUGCCCUCCAAGUGGAGAAGGCGCCCACGGUCCUUCACUGCAUCCUCUGCCGGAGAGGACCACCCAUCCCCGCGCAGAAAGUUUGCCUGCGGUGCAACGCGCCCUGCUGCCAGUCCCACGUGCAGACGCACCUGCAGCAGCCGUCCUCCAACCUGGGGCACCUGCUGGUGGAUGUGGAGGAGGUGAAGGCGUGGACGUGCCCCCAACACGACGAGUACCGACUGUACCACUGCGAGACGGAGCAGGUCGCCGUGUGCCAGUACUGCUGCUUCUCCAAGUGCGCGGCCAAUCAUGGGCACGCCAUGUGUGACAUCGACCUCAGGCGACAUGACAUGAGACAAAUGUUGAUGAAACAGCAGGAGUGUUUGGAUGACCGUUCUCAGGACAUUGACGACCAGCUCUAUAAGCUGGAGACCGACAAGUGUCUGGUGGAGAGUAAGGUCUCGGCUCUGAAAGAGGAGGUGCAGCUUCAGUACCAGAAGAUGCAGCAGCUCCUGGAGGAUGACAUGGCCAAGACGCUGGCCGCCCUGGACAAGGCCCACACCCGCUACGCCCAGGACAACACGGCCCAGUGCCUCGCGCUACGCCACCGCCAGCAGGACGCCAGCAAGCUGCUGCAGGGCGCCCAGGCCCUCUUCGACAAGGCCGAGGAACUCAACUUCAUGAAGAACACAAAAUCAGUGAAGAUAUUAAUGGACAGGUGCCAGUCAUGCGUGGGCACUGCCCUGCCUCCCCACAAGGUGGGCAGCCUCAGCUCCAAGCUCUUCCUGUCCGAGCUCUCCAAGAAGGAGAGGAGCCUACGGAAAAUGCUGGAAGUCCCCUUCUCCUCUCCUCCUGGUUUCCUGCAGCUAGUGCCAGCGUACAGCCAGAGCAGCUCCGGGGCCGAGAAGAGACGCCACUCCUCCGCCUUCCCAGAAGGCAGUGGGAGCAGCAGCGGCGGCCACGGCCGCGACCCCUCUUCCUCCUCGUCCUCCUCCUCAUCUUCCUCCUCUUCCUCUGCUGCCAAGCAACCCUUCCUGGGGCCUCCUGUUCCGGCGGAAGCCCCCUCUUCCCAGUCCGGGCCCGGGGGGGCCUGCGGUGGUGGUGGCCAAGCCCAGCAUGUGGGCGGGUUGAGCAGGGGUGGCCCCCACCACCCUGGCUCGGUCUUCUCCUCCUCGCAGUACUCUAGCGGAGGUGGUGGAGGUGGUGGAGGUGGUGGAGGAGGUGCCGGUUCCCAGCUGCCCCAGUACGGAGGCCGUAAGAUCCUGGUGUGCACCGUGGACAACUGCUACUGCUCGGGGAUGCCCUCGGUCUCGGGCCACCGCUCGCACCCUCCGUACCCGCGCUCCGGGGGCUUCCCCUGGGCCGUGAACCCUCAGGACUACCCCCCUGCCCCGCUGCAUCCGCCGCCGCCCGCGCCCUCCAUGCCCGUGCGUGACUGGAUCGAGGCCUCCCAGUCGCACCGCCACCCGGACUUCUACAGUCUCUACGGACAGGCGUCCACCAAGCACUACGUCACCAGCUAACCCACACUCAACACAACACAACACAAUACAACACGACACACACACACACACAGGCUGUCCACUCAACACAAUACAUCACCACAGACACACACACACACAGGCUGGCAUCGCAUCUCUGUGGCCAGUUGAACUCCAAAUGAAUUGUUCAUCAAUGUUCAUCAAUUUUCAUCCAUGUGGUUUUAUUUUCUUUCUUCUUAAUCGGAAAUCAAGGUCUCUAACACACUCGGUUUUAAUCCAAACAUACGUACAGUACACUGCUAUGGAAACUGAAAUGAGUACUCACUGCACAUUCAGGUCUGCUUGUGGGAAGAGGCGGGGUUUUAUUUUUGACCUGUUCUUCUUUGAAAUGGGCAUCAUGUGGAAAAUUGAAAUGUACUUCACGCGGACAAAGUGCAUGUAAAAGCACUGUAAACCUUGAUGAAUAUUGUACCUAUGUUCCACAAGGGGGUUUAUUAUCAUUUUUAUCUUAUUGUUUGUUUAUUUAUUACGGCAGAUGUUGGCUGAUAUGCAAUAACUAAGAA